CCCCAGUCAACGUAGCAAUGAUACUGCACUAGGCAAGCAACACCCUGUUGUCCAAGAGCUUGGUACCUAUACAGUAAACAAUGCAAUCAUGCUUCAUCAGCUGCCCCGGGCACGAGUCUGACCGGAAGAGGGAAGUGACGGCCCACGCACACCGGGAAGCGCCCGUCGCGGCUCUCCCUUUGUCCAUCAUCAUCGCCACUCUCCGUCCCCCGCCGCCACGCAGCACACUGCCACACACUCAAGCUGCACGCACCUCCCUGCACACCCCACUGCACGAUGACAAGGAACCAGACGCCGACGAGGCCGCGCCGGGCCCCCGCGCCACACAAGCCCAGCGCGCCUAACAAAGACACGGGCCCGCGCGCUGGCGACGAUGACGCCGAGAUCAUUCAGUGGGAACUUGAGACGCUCCGCCCGCCCACGCAGCGCCGCGUGCACAGCAGCGGGGAGCGGCGCGUUACGGUCACCAAGCCUGCGCCGACGUACGCGCCCGCGGACACGUCUGGCGUGAGCGAGACGGACGACGGGAACGCGCGCUUCCGCCGCGAAUUGCACCUGCUGGCUGUGCGGAAGAAGAGCAGCAGCAGGCUCAACAGCAGCAGCAAGCUCGGCGGCAGCGGCACUCGGACCUCUGCCAGCGUCGGGCGCGCGGGAGGUAAGGCCCAUGGAUAUGCGGCGUACCGCGAGCGCACGGAGCCGCCGCCGUUGCUUCCGCCUUUGCUUCCGCCCUCGUCUAACUCGCUGACUCCCACGCCACCGCGCGCGCAGCCGACCACGCUGUCCGCGUCGGUCACGCGCCGCCCGACGCGGCUGAAGCAGACCGCAAGCGACAGCUACUCGUCCGGCCAGGCGAGUCGGACGAUACCCAUCCUCAGCCGCCCGGGCUCGGCGCCACCGAGCCUGACCGAGGACGCGGACUCGUGCACGCAGGAGAUGGGGUCCUUGCAUGAAGUGGGAUACUUGCGUGAGGUUGACUCCUUGCAGCCGACGCCUACGCCGGAGCGCACGUCCGACGAGCGGACCUCGCGCUCGCCACCGCCACCGCGCCCACAAGCGCCCACGCCAGGCAGCGAAGCGUCUACCUUGACCAGUCGCGCGAGCCGGGAUCUUCGUUGGCGAGGACCAGGGCCGAAGAGGGAAGGCGUGAACGUUGUGCGUCGUGCAGUGUCGCCAGCACGCUCGCGGGCGGAAAUCCUUCGAAAGAAGAGCACCGUCGAGUUGUCUCGUAAACGGAGCGCGGCCGAGCUGCCCUCGAAGCAGAGCACGGACUGGACACGCACUGAGCUGAGCCGCAAGCGGAGCACUGGGACUGGCCUGGCUAGGACACGCGCCAGCGGCCUGACGCGCUCGCGCAGCGCGGACAUGCGCAAAGUGGCUGCCGUCUCGGCCGGAGGACUGCCCAGCAUCCCGGAUGAGACCAACUUUGGGGGACGGACGGUGAGCCCGGCAAACAGGACGGAGACGAUCCCUGUCUACCACUCAGAGACAGCGCCCCCGAGUCGUUGGGAGGCCAACCGCUCGGAGACGGUCCCGCUCAGUCGCUGGGAGGCAGUCAGUCGCUCGGUUACCCCUGUUUCGCGCCCCUGCACGCCCCCGACGCGCCCUACGACACCCUCUGCACGGUCGCGGACCAUGCGUGGUCCGGACGACGUGCGUACGAUGCGAGGCUCGGAAGGUAGUUGUAAGCUCGAGCGCAGCGCUAGCUUCGUCGAGUUGGGCGACGUUUCGGACGACGGGAGGAGGAAGUUGACAUGUCAGGAGAGCAAGGAUCUAUUCCGGAGGAUGUGGGCAGACAAGCAUACAGAAUUGGAGAGAGGUAGGAGGGUUGGGACGUUAGUACAUGGAUCCAGGUAACUGGGGGAGGAGUUUGUGGCGAGUUACUGAGACAUACUACGAGGCUGUACAGUAUUGUGUACUAUCACGACCAGUGUACUAUAACGCUUUCAUAUCGAGGAUCAUGCUUUGCUACUAUUGUUAUUGUACUUAUGCAGCCUUACAACGCCAUGGAAGACAUCAUUUCGCGAAGGGCUGAUCGACGCGCAGCGAAGACAUGUUGACGGACAGCAGAACAGCAUCCAAAGGAUACAUGGGUAGACGACAUAGACGCUACAUCCUCCAAACCACCACCUGCAAGUGACUGGCU